AUGCCGCCCAAGAAACGAGCACUGGACGUGGACCGAGUCGUCAGUGACAUCGACCCCAAGCCUGCCCCCAAACGGCGCUCCAAGAACACCACCACCAACACGAGCACGAGCACCAGCACCAGCACCAGCACCACCACCACCACCACCACCACCACGAGCACGAGAACCACCGUAAACCCUCACCGCCACAGCCUGUCUGCCCUCCCCUACCACGUCCUCACCAACAUCCUCUCGCAGCUACCUCCCAAUACCUCGCCCGCCUUCCUCCUCACCUGCGCUACCCUCUGCCGUGCUCUUCACGACCCCGCCAUCGCUACUCUCUACUCCUCACCACUCACCUCCCCACCCGCGCGCGCGCACAAGCUCCUCGCCACCCUCCGUGCCCGCCCCUCCCUCGGCGUCAAGAUCCGCGCCCUGUCUAUCGAGGUCGAGCCCCUCCUUACCACAAAGCUCUCCGGCACCCCCUGGGAUCUCGCCGACUUCCUCCACCUUUGCACUGGCCUACGUCAUCUCCGCUUCGUCCACAGCGCCGACCAUCCAACGCGCUGGCGAUACCCAGAUACCCUAUGGACGGCGCUGGAGGCCUCCAACUCCACCACCCGCCUGCACACUUGGCGAUGGGACCGCAGCCUCAUCCCAAAAUCACUGGACUAUACUGACCUGCGUGCCAUCACAACUCGCUGCUUCACAGCCCUGCGUGCGUUGGAGAUACAAGGCUUUGCCGGCGACAGCGACGACGACGAUGAAGAUGCACAACACAUGGCAGAUAUACUCGCGCUCAUGCCCCGCAUCACGGACCUCGACCUCACAAACUGCUACCUCGUCAACACCCGCCUCCUCAACCUCCUUUCCACCACCACCGCCAACCGCUUCCACGAACUUCAAUUCACCAGCUGCAUCAACCUAACCGGCGACGACCUCGGCGCCCUCCUGGCUUCUCCCGCGUGCCAGAACCUCCGCUCCCUAUCUGUGCAAAAGUGCCAUUACUGCUCCCUCACCUUUACGGCCUCGCUCCCGGCGGGGCUGCUGCACUUGACGUUCGACGGGCAGGGAGCCGAGACGGAGCUCCUCCCGGAGACAUGCACCCCCGUGUGGCCGGACAGCUUACAGAUGCUGCAGGCCACGUCGCUAAGGCGCUGGUCAUCGGGCGAGUGCGAGCGCUUCCUGGAAUCGGUGGUGCACGCAGUGCCGCAGAUGCAAGGGUUGAGGACGUUGAGUGUGUGGUGCAUGCUCACGGAUAUCGACUGGAGGGAGAGGUCGGCGUUUAGAGAGAAGUGGCUGGCGGUGGUCAAGAGUGUGUUUGAGGGCGCCGAGGUCAGGUUUGAUAAUGCGAGACCGGCGGAGACGUUGUGGGGGGAGGAGGACUUUGUGGAGAAGAUUUUGGGGGGGAGGGGCAGAGGUAAGAGUAGAGGGAGGGGUGCCGCGAGGGCGGUUAGAGGGGGAGGGAGGGGGAGGGGCAGGGGGAGGGGCAGGGGCAGGGGCAGGGCGAAGAAUGUAGUGGUUGUAGUGAAGGAUGUGGUGAGUGAGGGCGAUGAGGACUAUGUAGAUGAUUAG